AUGGCGAUGCCAUCAGGACGACUCUCAAGAUUUCCAGCAGCACAAGAGCUGACUACUGCAGAUAAAGACGCAGCUACCUACGCUGAUAAACAGCUUCAACUUACAACAGAGUUUCAGGCAAGACGUGCAUACGUGAAUGGCAAUAAGAAAAAAUCAACGGCCAAGAUAUUCGAUGCUAUUCCACAUUACAAGGAAUUUGCGCAUAUUCACGAAGAUUUCUUAAUGAUGCCAAAAAUGUGUAACAUCAGCGCACUCAUCUUCCAAGCUAAUUUCGACGAGCUGGUAGAGAACUUACGUAUUUAUCUACUGAAUAAAGGAAAAGGAUUUGACAAAAGUGAAAAGGGAACAUUAGAUGUAUUACUGGAAGUGAACGAAAUGUGCUCUUCUAAGCAAGGAGUUAAAUCCAGCAGUGCUCCAGUAUUUAAAUACGAAAAGUUCGGCAAACCUCUGUCAGUGAACUACGCAAGCGUGAAUACAAGUGCCCUUGUAAUAUUUAAAUCCAAAGAUGCUGCUCCUUAUUCCAUGUUAAUUGUUUGUGGUGAUGUUAUCAACUUCAAAAAUGUCCCAAUUAACAAUAUGUCUCAAGCUGUAUUGAACCUAAUAAGUGUGUAUUAUGUUAUUGACCGCCAUUACCCUGCAAUGUUUGGUAUUUUGCUCCUAGUGGAACGCUACUGCCUUUGUGCUGUAGGUGCUGCUACCAAAGGGGGGCAGGUAGGCGACACAUCACAUUGGAAGAAUUUCGUGAACGAGUUUGACGCUUUCGUUUCAUCACAACAAGCGGCAAAGGGAAACAUCUAA